AUGAUGAUGCACAUGAAGUCGUCAUUGUGCCGUCAGUUUUCUAAUACCAUAUCAAUUUUCACUCAAAGAUAUGGGAAAUGUCAACGUCGUGAUCCACCUUGCAAAUAUUUGCAUCCACCACAACAUUUGCGGGAACAGUUGAUGCAGAACGGACGAAAUAACAUGAUUAUUCGAAAUAUGCAACUGCAACUGUUCCAGCAUCAAUUGAUCGCCCAGAGUGGAAUGCUUCCGUUGACUCCCUCAGCCGUGGCCGCAGCCGCUGUGGUAGCCGCACAAGCUGCCGCUGCCGCGUCACCGGGUUCCGCGGCCAAUUCACCCGUAACCGGUGCUAACGGUGCUCCAAAUUCGCUCCUCUAUCCGGGACCUGGACCACUGGCAAUUGGUGCACCAGUACCGACUAGUACUUAUCCUUUUCUGAAUAUGGGUUUCGCGCCGUAUUUGAAUGCCAUCACCAGCACUGGUCUGCCAACAGGAACUUCUACCGUUGCACUCCAUCUUCCCGGAACUGAAGUGCUUCCCCCGACAGAACCGAAUACUUCGACCACACCGGCCAAACGAGCCGCUCUUACAGAUGCCAAAAGUGGUUUGCCACUUUAUCUGCCUCGUACUAACGGUGUGCAUAUGGCGAAUGGGACAAGCGGGAAAAUGGAUACCCAGGAUGCCAGUUCCGCUGCCGGCGGAUGCAUGAUGGUCGUGAACGGUGGUCCAAUGGAUUCACUGACAGCUGCCGCUGCUGCAGCCGCGGGCGCUGCUCGUGAAAUGAAUGGUUCUCCACAUUCCUGUCCAGUCACGAUGCGAUCCUCGGCCAGUACAGGAACCAAUUUGGGUGCAGCGGCCGCGGCAGCUGCUACGCUGUACGCUUUGCAACAUCCCCAUGGACCGCCAAAUGCGGCAACACUAUUGAACAUGCAUCCGACACAUCCGGCCGCUGGCCAUCAUCCACAUCCGAUGGCUUCGCUUCAAGCCGCUCCGUUGACCGCUGCAAUGGUGAACGGCAAUGCCAACGGUGUGGCUCAAGCACACUUCUCCACAGUUCCGGACCCCACUGGUUUCUUCCAACCUGCUUGUGAGUAA